AUGACCAUCACCAUCACUGUCGAAAAAGAUGGCUUCUACGAGAUCAACGGCGAGAAGCAGGAACCCGUCGUCUCGCUGUACAUGAUCGCCGGCGCAUCCAAACUACGCCGCCAAUUGACCGACACCAACGAGCUCAUCGUCUGCCCGGGUGUCUACGAUGGUCUGUCGGCCAGAAUCGCCAUGCAACUCGGCUUCAAGGCCAUGUACAUGACCGGCGCAGGAACCACCGCUUCGCGUCUGGGAAUGGCGGAUCUGGGCCUGGCGGGCCUGCAUGAUAUGCGCACGAAUGCUGAAAUGAUUGCCAACCUGGACCCGUUUGGCCCGCCGUUGAUUGCCGAUAUGGACACGGGCUACGGAGGCCCCCUCAUGGUCUCCAAGUCCGUCCAACAAUACAUCCAAGCCGGCGUGGCCGGAUUCCACAUCGAAGACCAGAUCCAGAACAAACGCUGCGGUCAUCUGGCCGGCAAGAAAGUCGUCGAGAUGGAAGAGUAUCUCACGCGCAUCCGGGCCGCCAAGAUGACCAAGGAUCGAUUGCAUUCUGACAUUGUGCUGAUUGCGCGCACGGAUGCCCUGCAGCAGCAUGGGUAUGAUGAGUGUAUCCGCCGGCUGAAGGGGGCGAGAGACAUCGGCGCUGACGUGGGGUUGCUGGAGGGUUUCACCUCCAAGGAGAUGGCGAGACAGGCGGUGCAGGAUCUGGCGCCGUGGCCGUUGCUGCUGAACAUGGUGGAGAACGGAGCAGGACCGGUGAUUACCACCAAGGAGGCACAGGAUAUGGGAUUCCGCAUUAUGAUCUUCUCGUUUGCGUGUCUGGCCCCGGCGUAUCUGGGCAUCAAGGCUGCGCUGGAGAGACUGAAGACGGAUGGGGUUACCGGCACACCAGAAGGACUGGGGCCGAGGAAGCUGUUUGAGGUGUGUGGCUUGAUGGAUUCGAUGCGGAUUGACACGGAGGCCGGGGGGGAUGGAUUCACCAAUGGGGUUUGA